CACCCACCCACCUCCCUAGCCUCCUGGGGGGCCCGAUCCUGGCUUGCAGUGGUUUGGUGACCAGGGUUUGGUUCGUAGCAGAAAAACAGGAUCGCGAGCGAAAUUGCAGAAACAACAUUCCUAUGGUUUUGCUCGAAGGAUGUUCCCUCAAAACCGGCCACCGGGUCACCUGCAGGCAGCACCCGUGGUCACUGCCGCCGCGACCAGCGUCGUCUCGACUGCCCCCCAGUCCCUGAAGCUGACCUACCCGGAGAUUUUGGACCGGAUCAAGGAGGAAUUCCAGUUCUUGCAAAACCAGUACCACAGCUUGAAACUGGAAUGUGAGAAACUCGCCACGGAAAAAACAGAAAUCCAGAGGCAUUAUGUCAUGUACUAUGAAAUGUCCUAUGGUUUGAACAUUGAAAUGCACAAACAGACGGAGAUUGCCAAGCGACUUAACGUCAUCUGUGCUCAGCUCAUCCCGUUUUUGUCCCAGGAGCAUCAACAACAAGUGGUUCAAGCGGUCGAACGGGCGAAGCAGGUGACUAUGGAGGAAGUGAAUGUUUCCAUCGGGUUAAACAGCCUCCUGUUGCCAGAUACGCUGUCCAACGGGGAGCGAAUGCGAGCCAUUUCGGAGUAUCUGAACAGCAGCAAAAAGAGGAAAACAGAGGAGAAGGAAUAUGCCACAGAUUACGGCAGCGACGGAGACAAGAGCGAAGAAAAUUUGGUGGUUGACGAGCUUUGUGAUCCCUCCUCGCCCCACAGCGUCAAUUCCUUCUCCUCCCGGGAAAACGGGGUUGAUAAAAUCUCCCUGCAGAGGAAGGAAUCCAUGCAACUCAGCCCCACAUCUUGCAGUUCCUCCCCACCCCGGAUCACCAAGGAGGUGGUCACGGUAGAGAAAGCAGGCACCCCCGGUUUGAAGUCCAGCACCCCGACUUCCCAAGGCGAAGGGACAGCGCCGGGAUCCUCCAGCAGCAGCACGCCCCAGCUUCGUCCAGGGGUCGCGAAGCAGACGGUGGAAUCUCUCGCCCUGAGCCUGCGAAAUCCACUCACGGUCCAGAGCUCCUACCAAGCCGCCUUCAACGUGGCGCAUGCGUCCGUCAACGGCGACAUGGCGAGCGCGGGGCCUUACGCGGGGCUGCACUUGGUAACCCCCCAGCUCAAUGGGGCGGCGGUCGUGGGGGCCGCCAGCUACGGGCGCUCCCCUCUGGUUGCCUACGACCCUCACUCUCACCUGCGAGUCCCGGGAUUGUCGACAGGGAUGCAGACAGGUGUGGCUUCAGCAAAGCCAGCGUACUCCUUCCACGUCAGCUCCGACGGGCAGAUGCAGCCGGUGCCCUUCCCUCCCGACGCCCUCAUCGGCUCGGGCAUCCCUCGCCACGCCCGCCAGCUCCACACCCUGACGCACGGGGAGGUGGUCUGCGCCGUCACCAUCAGCAAUUCCACGCAGCACGUCUACACGGGGGGCAAAGGCUGCGUGAAGGUGUGGGACGUGGCCCAGCCGGGCGCAAAGACCCCCGUGGCGCAGCUGGACUGCCUGAACCGAGAAAACUACAUCCGGUCAUGCAAGCUGCUCCCCGACAGCAGAAGUUUGAUCGUGGGUGGGGAGGCCAGCACUCUCUCCAUAUGGGACCUGGCGGCGCCGACUCCCCGGAUCAAGGCGGAGCUGACGUCCUCUGCCCCGGCCUGCUAUGCCCUCGCCAUCAGCCCCGAUGCCAAGGUCUGCUUUUCCUGCUGCAGCGAUGGCAACAUCGUGGUCUGGGACCUGCAGAACCAAACCCUUGUUAGGCAGUUCCAAGGCCACACGGACGGCGCCAGUUGCAUCGACAUCUCGAACGACGGCACCAAGCUUUGGACGGGAGGCCUGGACAACACCGUGCGGUGCUGGGACCUCCGCGAAGGGCGCCAGCUCCAGCAGCACGACUUCACCUCACAGAUAUUUUCCCUGGGUUACUGCCCCACAGGGGAGUGGUUGGCAGUCGGUAUGGAGAGCAGCCACGUCGAGAUCCUUCACGUCUCGAAGCCCGAAAAGUACCAGCUCCACCUCCACGAGAGCUGCGUCCUCUCCCUCAAGUUCGCCUCCUGCGGCAAAUGGUUCGUGAGCACUGGGAAGGACAACUUAUUGAACGCCUGGAGGACGCCCUAUGGGGCCAGCAUAUUCCAGUCCAAGGAAUCCUCGUCGGUCCUCAGCUGCGACGUUUCCACCGACGACCAGUUCAUCGUCACCGGUUCCGGAGACAAGAAGGCGUCCGUCUACGAAGUGAUGUAUUGAGGACAAGCCGGCCUCCUCGCCGAAAGAGAGAGGGGCAGAUGAGCCCCACAGUGUCUCCCCACCCCCCCAGCCAAAGAAUACACUUAAACUUAGCCUGGAGAGUGAAGUUGGACCUCCUUUCUCCUGCUAAGCACGUUCCUUUAGUGGAUGAGGGUUUCUGUGUGUGCCUGCGUUUGGGGAAAGAGACGCGGAUUUCAGAAAUAGGACUCUACUGCUGCUUUUAAUUCUCCCCGAUCUGAUUUUUUUAUUUUUAUUUUUUUCCGGUGGGGUCAAGAGGGAGUAGGGUUGUCUCUUUCCCCCCGCAACUCACUCUCUCCUUAAUUGUGUGUUCAAAUCUAAACUGUUUCUUGUGUGUUUUGAUCUCUUUUUUUUAGAAUCUUUAAAAUAAAAACAAAAACGGGAUGGGUUGUUUUGUGGCACAA